AUUCAUUCAUUCAGUUCAUUUCCGCAAAUUGCAUAAAAACAAACUCAGCUGUUCUGCGUAUUAAACUGGACGUGCGUUGAAUUUUCCAUUGUGAAGUGGUGAAGUGUCCACGAUGACUGAGGACGGCUGUUGUGUUGUGAACGGAUGCAAGAAUAAUGCUAACAUUAACAAGGAAUUUGAGUACUACCGGUUUCCACAGGAAAGGGAAAAAUUGAGGAGAUGGGCUCGGAUGAUCAACCGGUCCGACAUCGCGGCCCUGGAGGACGUGUCCCACCUGGUGAUCUGCUCGGCGCACCUGGUGCCGGUGGCGGACACGGACGCGACGUGGGGCGGCGGCCCCGCGCGCCCGCCCGGCCCCGUGCAACUAGACCCGCCGCCCGCCGGCGCCGCCAUCCCUAUGUUCUACACAUUCAAUGUGAACACUGACGACAUCCAAGACGACCCUGAAGAAGAUGCCAGAAGACAAGCAGAACUGCAAAGCAAGCUCGCUAAAAUCAGGGACCCGCAGGAGCACAACAAGAGAAAAGGUAAGACCAGGCACUUCAUGGAAACUAACACAGAUGACAAGUUCACCGAGGUCCUCAUGACGUGGCAGGCGCAGUUCACUCAGAGGUUCUUCGCCGACCCCACCGCCGACCGCACCGAGCUGCUCCACUUCGCUAUCAACAUGUUCUUCAGCAACUCACAAGUGUACAAAUUCACGAGGGCUCUCCUCCCAAGCCUGCCCUCUGUGACGGAGCUUCAGGAGGCCACCGUUUACAACCGCACCGGCUGCAACGAGGAGAUGAUAGACAUGAUUGGUCACAAGUUGAACAGACUCCGUCCGAGGGAGUACAAGUUCUGCACGCUGUGCAUAGAUGAGAUCCCUCUUAAGAAGAACCUGUACUACGACGCGGUGCACGACGAGGUGGUGGGUCUGCACGAGGUGCAGGGGCGGCGGCGCGGGCGGCUGGCGGAGCGCGGGGUGGUGGCGCAGCUGCGCGGCGUGGCGGCCGUGUGGAGCCAGGCGCUGGGCUACGCGCUGCUGCACGGCGGCGGCGGCCACGCGGACGAGCUGGGUGACUGGCUGGACCGCAUGCUGGAGCUCUCAGCCCGCGCCGGCUUCCUCGUGCUGGGCGUGGUGGCCGGCCCCCAGCCCGCGCUGCGCGACCUCGCGCGCGACCGCGGCGUCUCCGUCGACCGCCCCUUCAUCAUCUUCGACGACAAGAAGUACUUCUGGAUCUUCGACGUGCCCGACCUGACCAACACCAUCCGCGACGAGCUGAUGGCGCACGACUUCGAGUUCAGCGACGGCGGCGUCGCCUCGUGGGAGCACAUUAGAGUGUUCUACGAGACGGACCUGAAGGCGGACUUCCGCACGGUGGCCAAGCUGACGGAGUCGCACGUGGCGCCGCGGGGGGCGGAGCGCCGCGAGGUGCGUCUCGCCGCGCAGGUGUUCAGCUACAAGGUGGCCGCCUUCCUCAACGUGCUGAUCGACCGAGGCUCCGUGCCGCCCGAGGCGCGCGGCACCGUGCAGUUCCUGCUCACGCUCAACAACACCUACGACAUCCUCAACGCCGUCAAGCCCAAGACGGAGAACCGGAACAAGAAGGCGUACUGCGGCGAGGACUUCCAGGUGGAGCAGCUGCAGAGCGCCUGCGACAUGUUCAGCUCGAUUAAAUUCAAAACCGACGACGCAAAUGCCAAACAGAGCGCCACGCUCGAAUGUUUCCAAAUAACCAUCAACGCCGUAAUGCAGUUGUUUGACCACUGCCGGUGCGCCGAGCUGCCGUUCCUGCUGACGCGGCGGCUGAACUUGGACUCGCUGCGGGAGCUGGUGGCGCGCGCGCGGCGCGGGCGGGAGCGGCCGGCGGCGGCGCAGCUCGCGGCCGGCUACUGCGCGCUGCUGGUGGACUCCUUGCUGGCCUGCCCGCUGGUGAAGGACAGCCAGGAGCCCUCCGCCGCCUCGCUCGUGUGCGCCGACGACAUGGAGACCACCUGCUUCCUGCAGGACUACUCCCCGCCGCCGCUCAUCGACGACUGGAUACCCGCUGACUUCAAAUACGACUGCCCCAAAGAGGAGUUUAUAAAGAACGUUACGCUCUACAUAGUGAAGAAGUGUCUGGACAUGCACGACUGCGAGGACUUCAGGCGGUUCGUGCGGCACACGAUGGGCGAGGAGGGGUACACGCAGCUGCAGCGGGCGCGGCUGGGGCGGGCGGCGCGGCUGCCGGACGUGGCGGCGCCGCGCAUGUUCGUGGUGAUGGUGGAGGGCAUGGAGCUCGCCUUCCAGAAGUUCGCGGCGUCGCUGAUGACGGCGCUGGGCCCGGGGAACUGCCUGGUGGCCGUCUUUCAGGCGAUAGACUUCAUCUACCCGUGCGAAUGCUUCCCGGCCACCAGGGUCAUGCGCCUGUUCACGCGCAUGCGACUGCAAAAGGAAGUCGAUGUGGUCAAUGAGAACAUCGCACAGUCGUACGAUACCAUCUCGGAGUAUACAAAGGCCAAUGUCCUGAGUGAGAAUAAAGUCGUAGUUAUGGAUACAACGGAGUAAGUGUAAUGCAAAGUUGCGCAGUUUAAAUUAAUAUUGGUAUCUAAUUGUCUGUAUGCUUGCGAAUUUUAAAAAGUCCUAACCCAUCCAAACUUUGUCACGUUUAAAAUGUGUUUUUUUUUUCAUAAAUUGGAUACAGUACCUAUAUUUUUUAUGCUAACUGAUUUAUUUUACACUGCCAUUGUCGUGCUGCGUCAGCAGAUACCAGAUACGUUGAUACCUACUUACCUUACUUACUAAUAUGGCUGCAAGUGCAUAAAUUAGUAAAUAAAUUUACAUGACUGUGUCGUUCUUAAAAGUACCUACGUAUCUGUUUUGCAAGAAAAAUACGUAGGAAAAUUUUAGAAGUAUUUUACGAGUAUCUAUAUCACGAAUCUCGUAAAAUUUACCAAUGUGUAAUGUUAGUAGUACAAUGAUACAUUCUACCAAAAAUACGCUAUGAAUCUUGAGGUGAUUUAUAUUUCAAAAUUACUAAUUUAUUUUUAGAUAAGUAUUGAUUUUAGUUAGAUCUUGGGACUUAUAGUACCUAUUACAUUUUAUCUUAUCUUCUUAGUUGUUAGUAUUAAUGUUGUCAGUAGUAAAUUUUAUCACUUUGUAAAUGUUAAGAGAAAUUUCGUAUUUACUUGAAUGAUGCCGAGACCAGUGAGCGAAUGAGCGAACACUAGUGAGACUAGUAAGGAACUCAACACCGAAGAAAAAAUAAGGGUGUUAUACUAGUUUUUUAAAUUAUAUGAAUGUUAUUGUAUGUAGAGCUUGUUGUCAGUUAUAUCGUGUCUUAUAUCUCAUAUCUACAUCUUGUACUAGUGACUCGUCAUAAGCUGAGUCCAUCCAGAGCAUCUGAAAUUGUUUACAUUCAAAAUACUAUUGUUGUUGUAACUUAUUAUUAUUAUGUUAGUUAUAAUAA